AACUUGUCUGAGUUCCAAUGCGGCUGCUGCUAUCAUCUGAUCCCCAACCCGAACUUACGUCUACAUGUACCUCUCAGAGUUGCAGCUGGAAGCCUUACUCUCAUUCCAAUGACUUUGCUGCCAACGCGUUCCUCCUUCUCAUCAUCCUUUUCUGUUCUUUCAUAUGUGUCCUCUCUCUCCACGUUGCCAUCCGUUGUUGCCUCCGUCCAGUCCUCCAACAUGACCCUAAGCCCGACCCGGACCUUGAGGCCACCCAUCCGGACGCUCCCCAGACACUUGUCUACUCCCCGAGCCUAAACCUAGCAGGCAAUGAAGCAGAGUGCAUCAUUUGUUUGUCUGAAUUCCAAGACGGUGACACCUUACGCGUGUUGGAGAGAUGCAAACAUGGAUUCCACGUUCAUUGCAUCCAGAAGUGGCUCUCCUCCUCCCACUCCUCUUGUCCCACUUGCCGGACAAACAUCUUCUCCACCCCACCUCAACUUCACUCACAAAGCUUACCACUAACGAGUACAUCUUAGUCUUAUGGUAGCUUCCUGGUCUUGCCCACUUUUUUCCUAUUUAUUUUUCUUUACCACUUCACACCUCUAUCAUGUUUUCCAAGUUAGUUUUAAUUUGUUACCUUUGUCGUUUUAAAUUCCAUAAAAUCAUAAAAAUUGC